AUGAGUUUGGAACUGAAGAUAUUCCACUCAUUGAACUGUUCUCUCUGCAAAUCUCCUUAUUCGAAAUCGAGUAAUGAUCCCAAAUAUCCGAGUCAAUUGUGGUGUAGAAAAGCGAUUUGUGGAGAAUAUCAAUUUGGCUUUGAAUUGAUUCCUUACGAAUUCCCCGGCUUCUUACGCGAUCUUUUAAACGAUCCAUCAAUUAUCGAAUCUCCAAAUGGAAAUGGAUGGCUUCUUUCGAAGCCGAUCACAAAUCCACUCGUAUGUUCGAAAUGUGAUGUGAAAUCAUAUCCAAAAUUCCAUUCAAUCGAAGGGAGAGAUAAUUGGCUGCAAGAAUUCCUUUGUGAACUCCCCGAAUUGAUCGAGCAAAUCCCGAAAGUAAAGCAAAUCCGAAUCAGGUCAACUCUUGAUUCAUAUUGGGAGAAAACCGCAAAAAUAGAUCAAGAAUUGGAGGAGAAAUUUCGAGCAUAUGAAGAGUCGUUGAACAAGGCGAAUGGAAUAGUC